GUUGCGGUUAUGGCCAAUCCUUUUGUGUUGUGCAACAAUUAGGCCAAUUGAAGGCAGGCAGGCCCUUUCGCCGAGUAUAUAAGCCCGCCUACACCGGCCCUAAGAGCAUCAGUUGUUCAACUCAUCCACUCGACUCAACAUGAAAUUGUUUAUCAUCGCCGCUGUCUUGGCUUUGGCCGCCGCUGCUCCGUCCAGCUACAAGCCGGAAUACAAAGCUCCCGAAAUCACCAUCGUCAGCCAAUCCGAUGUUCGCAACGUUGACGGCAGCGGUGCAUGGAGCUACGGUGGAUCUGACGGUACCACCCGUGACGAGUCCUACGCCCAGAAGCAAAUCUCUUCGCCAUCCAGCUACGGCAAAGAUGCUUACGGCAAAGACACUUACGAAAAGGAAUCCGGGGCUGGCCACACCAACAAGGGAAACUCUUACUGGGUCUCUCCCGAAGGCCAGCGCUUCACUCUGACCUGGGCCGCCGAUGAGGCCGGUUUCCAACCCAAGGGUGAACACUUGCCCGUUGCUCCAGUCCACAUUCCUUUCGACGGCAAGGGCUUCAAGAUCUAUUAAAUGAGCCCUGUCAUUGAACUUCGAAGACCUUGUCAACUUGAUUUGUAACCGUCCUAAAUUAUUGAUGUGUAAAAUAAAUGCAAAAUCAAACUCGCAA